UUUCUCUUUUCCUUACUCUUGACUCUCAAGUCCUCUCCUCAUUUCCAAGCACCUUCAAAACUUCAACCUACGCGUUGUUGAAUCAAUUUUUCUUUUUUGUAGAAUGAUGAAUUCACUCAUAAUUUAACGACCGAACUAUUUAUUGCAACCCAGAAUUCAUACUGACUAAAAAGCUAAUUUCUUCAUUUUUUGAUUGUCUAUAUCAACCUAAUUCCACUUCAAAGACUAAUUCCACCAUUCCAUUCAUCUCUUUAGUGUAGAUACUACAUUAAUGCUUGCUUUAGCUCCACUUUUGUGAUAAUUUCCAAAUUAAAAAGCUUACCCAUUUCAGAUUCUUAGAUGAAUAAGCUAAGUUAAGAGAAAGAGAGACUUUUUUUUUUGAGGAUUUUGGCUUCUGGGUUUGGUUUCAAACGUUGAAAAAAGUUUCAAUCUUGGUGGGUGUAAAGUGUAAACAGUUGGAGCAAUGGGAAAGAUUUUGAAGAAGAUUAUGCCAGCAUCAAGAUCAAUGUCUGGUAAUGAAUUUGUCGAUUUUAAUCCUGAUUAUUCAAUUGCUUUAGAAUAUACAGGCUCCCCUAUUAGUAAUAGUAUGCUUCUUAAGGUUUUGCCUGUUGAUGUUAAUGAUAUUCCAAUUGCUAAAGUUGCUGCUUCACCUGCUAUUUUGUAUAAUCUGUCAUUACCUGUAGUUCAACCUAUUUCUUGGAGAAACUAUAGGGAGAAUAAUAAUGAUGUUGGAUUAGGUUUUAGGGUUGAUGAUUCAAAGAAACAAGUGAGUUCUUUGAAGAAUAGGGUUUGUGAUGAUGUUUCUUGUAAUGGGUUUAAUGAAAUUAGGGACUUAAAAGAUGGGGUUGAAAGUUCAGGUACUUUAGGGUUUUCUGAUAGUAGUCAGGAGCAUUCUCAAGAACUGUCUGACAGUUCUGACAUGUUGGACACCCCAAAUGAUUGUAAUGAGAUUGAGGAAUUGGAGUGUAUCGAUUUUGAUCAGUUGAGAAACUCGAUUGAGCGUGGUUCAAUGCCUCAUCGUUUUGGUGGGGGUUUUUGUGAGGAAGAUGAGGCUUCUGAUGGUGAACAACUAGAGUGUAGGAGGAAUUUUAAGAAGACUGGUGUUACUUUCUGUGAAAAUGAGUCUUCAAAUGCGAUGGUUACUAAAUAUGAGUCGUUUUAUAGCGAUGAAGAUGCUGUGAGGGAGAGGCCUGUGCCUCAAAAGCCGCCUAAGAAGGGUAUGUGUUAUCAUUGUCAUAGAGGGAACCGUUUAACAAUGAAAGAAGCUUGUCUUGUUUGUGGUGCGAAAUAUUGUUUUCAUUGUAUUCGGAAAGCAAUGGGAUCAAUGCCCGAAGGCAGGAAAUGCCUUACUUGUAUUGGUUAUGCUGUUUCUGAUUCAAGAAGGAAGGUGCUCGGAAAAAGUUCGCGGGUGCUGAGGGGAUUGUUAAAAGGUUGGGAGGUUAGACAAGUUAUGGAAGCCGAGCUAUCCUGUGAAGCAAACCAACUACCUCCAAAGUCCAUUUUGGUGAACGGCCGUCAACUAAGCUUAAACGAGUUGAUGCUAUUGCGCAGCUGCUGCAAUCCACCAAGGAAUCUAAAACUGGGUUCUUAUUGGUACGAUAGAGUCUCUGGUUUAUGGGGCAAGAUAGGGCAUGGACCAAGCCAGAUCAUUACUCCUAAUCUUAAUGUUGGGGGACAAAAGAUGAUGAAGAAUUCUAGCAAUGGAAACACCGAUGUGAUGAUUAAUGGUCGAGAAGUUACUAAAGCUGAGAGGUUGAUGCUGAGGUUAGCUGGUGUUAUGGUUGAGGGAAGUCCAAACUUUUGGGUGCACGCAGAUGGAACCUAUCUCGAAGAGGGAAUGAAAAUGAUAAAGGGAAAGAUUUGGUGCACGCCAUGGAACAAACUUUGUUGCACUAUCUUGUUCCUGCCUACUCCUACAUCUCCAAAUCCCAGAGAGAAAUUGAGCCGCGAUACUGAAGGAGCAUGUUAUGAUUACCUCGAACAAAAAACAUUAUGUAAAGUGCUACUAGUCGGAAAUGAUUGCUCCGGAACAAGUACCAUUUAUAAGCAGGCUAGGGUUUUGUAUGAUGUCCGUUUCUCGGAUGAAGAACUUCAAAAUAUCAAGUUCAUGAUCCAGGGUAAUCUUUAUAGGUAUCUUGCUAGACUACUCGAGGCACGUGAAAUUUUCGAAGAAGAAAGUCUGUUAGAAAGGAGGACGAAGCAAUCGACUGAUCCUGGUUCUUCAGAUUCGUCAAAUGAACGUGAAGUGAUCACCGAGUAUAGUAUUAGCAAGAAGCUGAAGGUCUUUUCUGAAUGGCUCAUUAGUGGUAUGGUGUCACACAACCGGGACUUGCUUUUCCCUGCUGCUACUCGAGAGUACGCACCAUAUGUAGAAGAGUUGUGGAAUGAUGCAGCCAUUCAAGCUACAUACAGCAGAAAAGAUGAACUAGAACUACCAAGGGUUGCAAGUUAUUUCUUAGAUAGGGCAGUUGAGAUUGCUCAAGUGGAUUAUGAACCCUCGGAUACUGACAUCAUGUAUGCCGAGGGCAUAACUUCAUACAGUAGUCUUGCAUCUAUGGAUUUCUCAUUUCCACAGCGUAGAGAUGAUGACAGGGACUCUGCGCAACAACAAGAUCCCAUAACACGAUACCAACUGAUUAGAAUGUCUACAAAGGGCGUUAGCGAGAACUGCAAGUGGUUACAUAUGUUCGAAGACGUUGGAAUCGUCUUAUUUUGCGUAUCUCUAACAGAUUACGAUGAAUAUGAGGUUGACAAUACCGGAGCGCUUACAAACAAGAUGUUACAAAGCAAGAAAAUCUUCGAAACCAUCAUUACUCACCCAUCGUAUAAAAACAAGAACUUCCUAUUAGUUCUCAACAAAUUCGAUCUUUUGGAGGAAAAGAUCGAGCAAGUGCCCCUUACGCAGUGCGAAUGGUUUCAAGACUUCAAUCCGGUUUACAGCCGACAUCAGAACAAUCGACGCGGUGGUAACAACAUUGCGCCUUUGGCUCAACGGGCUCUCCACUACAUCGGUGUGCAAUUCAAGAGGCUAUUCAAUUCAUUAACGGGUAGAAAGUUGUAUGUUUGCCCGGUUACUGCCCUGGAACCCGAUACAGUUGACAGUGCUCUGAGAUAUGCAAGGGAAAUUCUAAGAUGGGAAGCAGAUAAGCUGAAUUACAGCAGCUUACAGGAUAUUUCUUCCGAGAGUAUCGAGAACAGCUCGUUCUCACAGAAUGUUGUCGAAGAUAGAUAGAUAGAUACAUUGAUAGAUCAUACAUAUUACAUACGAAAGCGUAUAUUUAGUCUCUUCGUAACAUUCGUUUGUUGAAUGUUUUUUAUUUGUUCAUAUGUAAAAGGUAAGUAUUUUGCACACAACAUAUUGAGAGAGUGGAAAUUGAGAUAGGUUAAUGAACGGAAAUAAGGUAUAAUUCCAAGUUUGUUGAAGUUGACAUUUGGGAAUGGGAGAGAUACAUUGCAUAAAGCUUACAAUACUACUACUGUAUAUACCAGUAGUACUACCUGUUGUAGCAUUGCAUCUACAAGAGUAUGUAUUUAUAAUUGGAACUUAGAUUAUAAAGAAUUGUCAUAUACUCUUAUAUUUACUAAUUAUACCAAUUUUAAUUUUUAACUCAUGCUUUUAGUAUAUGCUAGUAAUAUAUUACUCUUGUUAUUUAGAAUUCAAAUUCAAAUUAUAUUGUAUUUUAUGAUGUAUAAGUAUCAGUAAAUUUAUUGAGACAAAUUUAGAUUGCUUAUAUUAUUAGACUGCUUGUUUCUCAAUUUUCGAUAAUCUUUCUUAAAAUGAUCCUUUUUCAUACUAGAAUUGGAAGUCAUACCUCUUUUGCCUCGUCUAGAAUUAAUAAACAAACCAUUAUUUAAAUUCAUCAAACAACUUUAGCGUGAAUUGAGAAUCAAUUCGGUCUUUUGAGUGGAGACCUUUCUAGCAUCUUCGAUGAACAUAAUAUCCCUACCAUAAAGUAGAAUCUCUCUAAAAUGUUUGUCGAAGAGUGAUAAUGAACACAAUAAGAGAAUAGCUAAGUUCGCAUCCUCGAUAAGAACCUCAAUGUUUUGCCAAUUCAAAGUCACCUUUCAAAAUUUAAUUUAAAAUGUAAGAUGUAGAUAGCUUUUACCACCGUUAUUAUAAUAAAGACAUUAUUGAUCUCUAAUAGCAAAUAUUAUUAAUAACUUCACAUGAAUAACUAGUACACGAUGAUUUCAUGAGGCAUUCUAAUGGAUUUUUGUUAUAGGGGUGUUUGAAUGUUGUCCUUUAUAUUGGCUUUUUGGUUGAUUUUUGGCUUUUGGUUUGUUAGUUGGUCAAACAGACAAAAAAAAAGUGUUUGUUAAAUGACAUCUGAGCGAAAAUAAAAAAUCUACUCCAUUUAGCCUUUUGUGUUGGCAUAUUGACCCACUCUUUCUCUCAUAAACAACCAACAAUCAAUACCUAAAUUUAUCAAACAUCUUCAUAAAUAAGUGAGUUUUUUUUAGCUAGUUUAAAAGUCAAUAAAAAUAAUUAAUCUUUUCAACUGGUCAAAUAAGCCAAUUAAAAAGUCACCAACCAACGACCAAAAAUUAAUUGCCAAUCACCCGGUAAUCAUCUGUUUAACUUGGCAGUUUUCUGUUUAUAUUAGCAAGUUGAUGUUUGAUGAUACUUAAAGCAGAUCCUAAAUCACUUAUAUUGUCACCUGAAAAGACCAAAACCAGCAAAUUAAUCCCUGCAGGCUGCAGUACCAUUUUCUGAACAGAUAAUGUAAACAAUUCAUAAACUAUAAGCUAAUCGAGUAACAUCAGUUUUAGAUUCUGAUAAGUCCAGCUCACGGAGUUUUAAUCUCAUUCAUUCCUAUUUGUCAAAGAACCAAUUUAAUUUAUUUUAGAUAAGGAAUAGUUAAGAUUUUAUAUGUUCAGUCCAUGAAUCUAAGCUCAAUUUCCACUUUUUAAUUGAAUUGAUUUGUUGACAAAAUCAAUUCAAAUUAAAUACAUAUUUUGGCGAUCUGAGAGAUACAUCAAAAACAAUUCAUACAGAAAUCAACAAGAAUAGAAUUCAGUUAUACAAUUCAUAUAUACAAAAACAGAAGAUCAAGAAAUAAAUGAAAAACUAGCAAGGGACAAAACGAUCAAAAAUAAAGCACAUAGUGGAAUCAGGGAUGCUGCAAAUCUCCUCAGAACAACUGCUAUUUUUAGAAUUCUUAUCUUCUUUCUUACUUAAACUUUCCUGCAUCUUAUUUUUCAUUAUAAGAGUGCUUGCAUUUGCAAUUCCUCUGGACUUUCCUGUAAUUUUUUGAUGAUUUUCUCUUGCCUUUUCUUUUAUUUUGUUCAUCUCUUCCACCCAUGAUCCUACCAUUUCUGAUGCCAUUUCUCUAUGCUUUUUUUUUUUUUUUUAUUAUUAUUAAUAUUAU